AUGGAGCCAGCGGACACCUUCAGGUGCCCCUCGCCGAGUACUGCUAUUUCUUCUGCCUCCUGGAUCAAAGGCGGCCUGCAGAAACUGGCACGGGCUGCAAGUUCGCUUAUGCUUUCGCGCCACAACUCUACGCUGAGCCUUCCAAGACAUAGGCACGCCGCCCCUCUGAGGCUUCAACAUGCCCCCAUAGCCUCAUCGGGUGCCCCCCUGGAGCCUGGAGACCCCGUUGGCAUCGAAGGCGCUGAGGGGGCACAGAGAGGCGCACCAGUGCGUGAAUCUGCUGCCGACUCUGAUUCUUCAGCAGGUAGCAGACUCCCAGGAGAAGGCGGCACAGAAGAUGCUGGGAAGGAGAUCCCCCAGCUUCAUUUUUGCGACUACACAAAUGAGCCUGAAGACGUAUGCAACGCCCAGUGGCUAGUGCUGUGGAGUUACGCGGCAUAUGCCCCAGAGCGUGCAAAUGCAGAGGAGCAGCAGAUGCUGCGUUCCUUCUUUGAAUUUUUUCCAGAUCAGUGUACUCAAGGGCCAGCUGCAAACUGCUACACGGAUGCAGUCAGAAAUACUCCUCCAAAGGUGCAUGACCGGCGCGAACUUCUGCUGUGGUUGUGUAUGGUCGAAAAUCAAUGCCGUCUCAAGGCGGGAAUUCCCCUGAAGCAGUGCAGGCACAAUGAGCUAUUGAAACGGUGGAGGUACAUGGAUGGCUACGUCUGA